AUGAAUUUUGAAUUUGAGAGGGAGAUCGGGUUUAUAAAUAGCCAGCCUUCGCUCGCAGAGUGCCUGACGUCUCUUCCCGCUGUCCUGGAGACAUUUCAAACUUCAUCAAUCAAGGACUCGACAUUAAUUCCUCCUCCUUUUGAGCAAACCGUCCUCAGCCUGAAUCCUUGUUCCAGCAGCCAGGCAAGACCGAGGAGCCAAAAAAGAGCAUCUCAUGGCCUGCUCCAGCUCCAGCCCCAGCCUCCGGCACAGCCCGGCCCCUUGGCAGCGGAAUUCCCCUGGAUGAAGGAGAAGAAAUCUUCCAAGAAAGCUAUCCAGGCUUCCUCCUCUUCCCCCCCAUCAUCUUCCUUGGUGCCGGUCCCUGCCGCGGGAUCUCCUGCAGGUUCGUAUCAUGAGGGG